AUGGCCGACAAAAACACAGCAAGACAGACAAGUUUAGAAGAAAGUUCGUGUGUUGAUGGCUACGAAGAAGUUGAGACACCAACAACCGAAAAAGAAUGUCUAGAAGCACAGCUAGAAUUAAAUGCACCAGCACAAAAACUAUGGUACCAUGGGAGAUUAGAUAGACAAACAGCAGAAGAAAGACUUUUAAAUAAUAAUGAAAUGGGGAAUUACCUCAUAAGGGAGAGUGAGAGCAAACCAGGAUCGUUUGUUUUGUCUUAUCAUGGAACAAAUCACGUUAUAUCUCAUUUCAGAAUAAUAUCAUUAUGUGGUAAUUAUUAUAUUGGUGGUAGACAGUUUGAUUCUCUGUCAGAUUUAAUUGGUUAUUAUACAGCCUGGUCUUGUUUAUUAAAAGGGGAACAACUCAAGUACCCUGUACCACCUCCUCAGCCUGUAGAUGACAGAAGAAAAGUUGUUGCUUUACUAUCCUAUAGGCAACUACCAGAUACAGAUGAGAUAAGUUUUGAAAAGGGUGAUCUAUUUGUGGUGUGCAAUGAGCUUAAAGAUGGAUGGUUAUGGGUGACCUCAAUAACGGGUCAAAGUGGUUUAGUUCCAGCAGCUUUAAUGGAAAAUUUGGAUAGUAGUAUAGAUCCUGUAGAAGCUCUGCCAUAUUUCCAUGGUAACAUAACCAAAGAAAUUGCUGUUCAAAGACUACAGCGUGCAGGUGAAGGUAGUUUUUUAGUACGACCAAGUGAUAAUUCACCAGGCGAUUAUGUUCUAUUUUUUCUCUGUGAUAAAGAGGUAUUGAGAUAUCGAAUACAGAACAAAACCAGCUUCUUAUGGUUAGGUGGAAGAUGUUUUCAAAGUUUACAGGCUAUUGUUGAAAGAUAUACAAAGGAAGAAAUAGUAGAUGGUUAUAAACUAAUCACACCAGUACACAGAAAUACAUUGUCAUCACAACAAACAAAUGAUAUAUAUGCAUCAAUUCCACAAAGCUCAGGACCCAAUUUACUUUCUAGUUUAGAUGAAAGUCAAUCAUUAAAAGGUUAUUUAUCAAAACGCAGUGAAAGAACAAAACGAUGGAAAUCUAUGUAUUUCAUUUUAAAUGGUACUGAAUCUCAUCUUCUAUAUUUUGAAAAUGAAAAGAGAUCUAAGCCAAAAGGUUUAGUAGAAUUCAACUAUAGUUCUUUAUAUCCUGUACAUGAUAGUUUUUUUGAAAGACCAAAUUGUUUCCAGUUAGUUAGUGAAUAUAACAAUAAUAACAAUGUUCAGAUUUGUUAUUUAUGUGCUGAGAAUGGAGAUUCAGCUCAGAAAUGGUACCAAGAAUUAAAGAAUCACUGUGAAAAUACCCGAAAGCAGAAAUCAGUGUUGAAAAAAUUCUGCAGCCUUACCAUUAAAAUCAUUGAUGCUCAGCGAUUACAAACAAAACUCUUCCAUCAUCCAUAUUGCUGUGUUUCAUUAGAUAAUGUUAAAGUAUGUCGUACUCAAGUCUCAGAAGAUAAACAAGUCUUUUGGGGUGAAGAAUUUUUAUUAGAUGACAUUCCAACUACAACAGAAAAGUUUGCAAUUACAGUGUGCAAUAAAGGCAAGCGCAAUUCUACAGAUAUAGCUCAUGUAACAGUUAAUUUAAGUGAAUUAGAAAAUACAGAUAUGAUUGAACAAAAAUAUAUGUUACAACCAUGUAAUUCAACGUAUAAAGGUGAUCUGGGAACAUUACGUGUAAAAGCUUCAUAUUCUCAAGAAAUAAUUAUGCCACAAGAAGAAUAUACCAGUUUAAAGGAGUUACUACUUUGUGAUAAUUUUAAACAUUUGAUAGCCUUAGCUGGAUAUUGUCAAGCUAAUGAAUGGAUACCUCUAUCUAAAGCUUGUUUACGAAUUUAUCGAUAUGAAAGACUGGAAAAUCAGGUUCUAAAUAUUUUAAAUGAUCUGGAAAUAGAAAAAGAAGAGGAAGUGUCUACAUUAUUUAGAGCUACUUCAUUUACAACAACUAUGAUGGAUCAGUAUAUGAGAAUGACUUGCACAUCUUUUGUACACGCAGCAGUGAAAAAUACUGUGCAAAAAAUUAUGGAUAGUAAACAGUCUUGUGAAUUAGAUCCAGCCAAAAUGGAAACACCGUCAGAGGCUAAAGUUAAUGUUGAUAAUUUAUUGCAUUUAUUAAAUGAAACUGUUGAAGGAAUAUUUAAAUCUACCGAUAGCUGUCCACAUAAUUUAAGACAGAUCUGCCAUCAUCUACAAUUACAAGUAACAAAAAGAUGGCCAACAGAUGAAACAGUUAAAACUAGGGUCAUUAGUGGUUUUAUUUUUUUACGACUAUUAUGUCCAGCUAUACUAAACCCCAAGUCGUUCAACCUUGUUGCAGAAAAUCCUUCUGAGAUGUCUGGUAGAACAUUAAAAUUGGUAGCUAAAGUUAUACAGAAUUUAGCUAAUUUGGUGGAUACGGGAACUAAGGAAGUAUUUAUGGAAGUGGUUAAACCAUUUAUAAAGAAGAAUCGUGAUAAAAUGAUCAUGUAUUUAGAUGAACUAUCUAAUAUUCAAUCAGUUCAUCCUGUAAAACAAGAAAAUAUACCAGUUGACCUUGCUCGGGAUCUAGCUACUGUACAUCAAAUGGCAGCAACACAUUUACAAGAUUUACGUAAAUUAUCUGAAACACAGCCUUGUUUAAGGAAACUAGUAGCAGUAACAGAUAUGUUAACGGACCAUAAAUCAAAAUAUAUAGAAAAAAAUUCUUGAUUACUAUUAGUUCACUGGUCACAUAUGAUGAUAUACAACUUAGUGAAUGUGAGAAAUAUAGAAAGUGCUGUGAACCUGACAGCAGUGUGUGUUAAAGUCAACCAGGUUAUGAACAAGGGUAAAUGCUUCUACAAUUUUUCAAUAAAUACAUUCCAGGCAGUGUGUGGCUGUGUCCUGUCAGAAAAAUGUAUUUUCUCUUGUUAAGAUCAAGAAUAUGAAGAAAAGGGAUGUGCGGUUACAUUUUGAAAAUCUUAGUUUGCCAAUAAAGGUUUUAUAUUUGCCUUUAUUAAAGGUAACAAAUACAAGGAAACUAGAUAUAAUACUACUUUAUAGAAUGUUUUUUAUUAUAUAUUAAUAGAAUACCGCACAUUUUCAUUCCCCGCUUUAGUGAUACAAGAUUAUACUUUUAAAAAGUUCAUGCAUAGCUGACGUACAUAUAGACAAAUUAUGUUGUCUAUCAAGACAUAUGUUGUGGAUCCCCAGUCAUAUAGUUUCAGUUGUGCACUGUUGCAUUUUAGAAUCAAAAUAACAUCUGCUCUAAACAAUUUAUAUUGGGAUUAUCCAGUUUUUAAAAAAAAAUAGUGAUGUUGAUAAUACUUUCAGCAGUUGUCACAAACAGUUGUAAUGAUGCACAGCAACUUUUACUAUAGUAAUAAAUAAUAUAAAACACACACCGAGACGCAAUGAUAACACACCACUAUAUUGAUUAGAAGUGCUGGCGAGACAGUCGGCUGUAAUGUGAUUUUAGACAUGAUUGUAGGCUGGACAUUUACCGACACCAUAAAUAAUCAACAACCUACGGAGACCAUAACAACUCUUUAUAGUAAAAUGUAAGGAUGUAAGGCACACGGGAUAAAAAUCAAAGGUCAGUGUGAAUGUCCACCUCUAGCAGCCACAUGUCGUUGCCACAUGAAGGAGAUAAGUCGCUGAAUGGCUGCUUGUGGGAUCAUUUUAUUGCAAUGCUGCUCCAGUUGACAGAAUUUGCGGUCGGCACAUAAAGAUUAAAUAUCAAAGUCGGUAACGGUGUGGGGUCAGAAUUGGUCAAGCACUCCAGUAGAUCCUGUAGAUAUGGCCGAUUAAUGUGCAUGUUUUGUCAAGGCAAUGUUGCCAUCUAUGUCUUGGCCGAUAUCUAGUGGACCCAGCUGGUCUCAGGAUGGUAGCCUGUGUUCGUCUGUUAUUCUCACAUGUUAUUGUGAUCUGCUGUUGUUACAUUCACAAUUGCAAAAUUAAAGUGUAUCUCUCAAACAAAAUUUAAAAUUAUCCAUAAAAGUGAUGCGUUUUCAUUGUAUCUCAGUGUAUCUGUAAAUGUCAAUAAAACAACUCAAUCAGUAUUAUCAAAUUUUUACACAAAUAGUUUGAUUAGUGGAUAUGUUAAAUAGAAGAAAUAAUGCCGCUGGAACUAUCUGUUGCUUAUUAAGUUGUGAUAGAUAUUAUUAGUGCUAAACAAAUACCCAAGAAAUAUGUUAAUUUGAGUUUCGACUCUUAAAAUGUAAGAAGUACAUAGAUAUCUGUGAUAUGAAUGUUUUUUAAGUUUUAGAUACUAGUACAGUAUGUUGUUAAGUUUUAUAAGGGUCUGUAGAUUAUACCAGAAGGAUUGCAUUUUGUUCUAAUGUAUGCAGCAUCAAAUUUAUCGUGGGGCAAACAAGCAAACACAAUAGGGGCUGAAAUGUUUCCCCAAGGGUCUUAAAGAUACAAAUUAACGUGUAGUAAGAAUUUAUUGAAUAUAAAAAUGGUACAUUGUGCAAUUUGGUCCAUGUAAGCUGGACAUUGCUUCAUGAUUGCGUUCUUAAUAGAAUUUUUGCCAGAAGUGAAGGUUUUUAGGGGAUCAGCACAGUGGGACUACUGCUUCUUUCUGUGACAUUCUACCUAUUAUAAUUAAUGCAGUAAUAUGCAAUGAAAAUCAGUGUCCUUAAAAUGAACUCUCACGAGUUUCUUGUGUCAUAUGAAUCAGUAUAAAACUUAAAUCUUAUUAUUGUUAAUAGCGACAUCGCAUUGUAUUUCUGCAAUGAUACUUUACUGUGAGAACUAUAUUUUGUACAAGGUGAAGAUGUCUAGACUAUCCAAUAGUUGUUCAGUUUUUGUGACUGAAAUCUUAACAACUAAGUUUCAAGUGUUUUUUUGUCAAUAAUGAUAUUUUGUAUCAAUACUGGGUCAUUAUGCUAUAAUAAUAAAUACCUAUAAUUGGCCUGACUUGACAAAACAUACAAAAGUUCCCACCCCCCACUCAUGUUUAAUACAUCAAAGGUAUUUAAAUGUGAGAUUGCAAUGCAGAGGAAUCAGAGCUAUAUAACUUCUCUACAAUACAGGGGUGCUUUUACCUUCUUUUCAACAGAUUUUUUCAUGCUAAAUUGAUUAUACAGUACCUAUUUUUGUUGGUCAGUCUAGAUGACAGAGAUACAUGUAAGGUGUCUUGUACAAUGACACAAGUGUGGGGAUCAAGCAUGUAACUUAGCUUGCUAACUGCUGUGUGUGUGCAAAUUUGUACAUAAACCUAAUACCCACUUGUAUCAAUAUGAAUAUGAUUAUUUAUUUACGAAAGGAAUACUAUAAAAUACAGAUCAAAAACUACAGACACAAUCUAAAAUACGACCUGACCAUUUAAACAGGUAUAUCCUAUUGAUCAAAACUAAGUAGUUUGUAUAAUUUUAGUCUUUGUUAUUUUUUCUAUGGUGGAUAUAAUUCACAAUCCUUAUUUUCAUGAUUUUUUUUUUACAUUUGCAUUUGUAUAUAAUAAUCAUAAACAUCUUGUCAAUCACUUCAUUUAUAAUUAUUGUAACAUAUAUGAAAUUAUUUUUCAACCAAUUUUAAUUCAAACAUUUUUGUACUAAAAUAAACAUGCCUUUAUUUUAAACUGUUCAGUAUGAGGAUUAGAGAGUCUUUAUGAUAAAUUAGUUAAGACCCACACAAUUUUUAUAUUAUGAUUUUGUGGGAAAAUCAUUCAAUUUCUAAAGCCUACCUCACACAAAGCAAUUUUAUUGUCAGCUUGAAUUCCAACAGAAUAUUGUAAUAUGUGCGAUGGGCAUUAUGGAGUAUAUUGAACAGUAGUUGUUACUCAGUUUUAGAAGCACUUUUCCUCAAACAGUCACCUAUACCAUAAAAGUACAACAAAAGUAUUAAAGCAGUUGUUUGUCUGAUGUAAAGAGUUUUGGAACGUGGGUGAGACCUCAGCCAUAUAUGCCAGUCAUAUAGAUUGGAGUGUUUUAAACUGUUAUUUAUACAUAACAUAGGGGAAAAUCCUUUCCAGAUAAAUGUACAGUCAAAUUUUACUGUCAAUAUAUUUUACUACAUAUAUGUAUAGUUCUUGGAUCAUUUCUUCAUCAUUUAUAUUUAUAUAGAUUUCUGUCAUCAUUGCUUCAUGAUUUCAUUUCUUUGUGCAUAUCUCUUCCAAUCAUAUAAUAGUAACUUGUUAAAGGACCAAACACUGGACAGUUUUAUUUUUAUGCGACUACACAUAUAAUAUAUCUUAAGCCAGUCUGUCAACAAUUGGCUUUUUAACACAAUAGAGGCUACUUUUUUUAAUGGAUUGUUUUCAAAUUUGGUGUGAAUUUUUUAGGGUCAUAAGAGGAUGAACCUAUUCGAUAAUCGGUAUUUCUUAACCUUCUGUUGUUAACCCCACUCUUUUUCUGAAAAACUUGUAAAUGUGGUAGAGGGAACAGUUUUUAACAGAUUUAUUUUAAUUUAAGGCUUCCUUUUGUUUUUUGAGACAUAGCUGCUGUAUGGGUGUAAUUCCACACUUUGGGUGGCUAUCUUUAUAUAGAUCAUUCAUAAAUUUUACAUACAAAUUAUCAGGAAAAUCAAAUCAUAGUUUGCAUUUAUAAUUGAUUUAUUUUUGUUAGAGCCUUUUGAUUGAGACCCAGUUAUCCCACCUUUAUCUUUAAUGUAACUAAUUUGUAGGGACCUUCAAUUAUCCCACCUUCAUGUAUAAUGAAUGAUAUUUACUAUUUGUAAGAUCCUUUAUUAUCCCACCUUAAAAUAUAAUGCAAGAUAUUUAUAUUGUCUGUAAGACCUUCAGUUAUCCCACCUUAAUGUAUAAUACAAGAUAUUUAUAUUGUUAUCCCACUUUAAAUCUACAAGCCUUAUGAAACAUGUAUGACAGUCUAUCUAUACAAUAUAUUGAAUCUAGUCAUAUAAACGGUAUUUUAUGACACUUAACUAAAUCUGUAUUUAAUGUGCCACAUGUCAAAUACUGCAUCUUGGAUAUCCCACUAUAUCCCACUGUCAAGAGACAGAGGAGCUAGGAUCAGUUUAGAAUUACCAACCCGUAUGACAUGUACAGUUUCCCCUGAAUGUCAGAAUUUAAGAAAACAAAAAUGUUACUUUUUGCAUGAAAGGUAAAUCUAGUUGAAAGAUCAAUUUUGUUCUUGAGAGAUAAUGAUUAAGUAAAUUCAUUCAUAUUAGAAUAUGAGAGGAUAUUUUUGGUAAGUAAUCUAAUGCUUUAUAAACUGUGUUUUUAUCAUUAUCAUCUCACAAUGCUAAUGAUGAUCUAAGACAUAAUCAGACAUAGAUAUGAAAAUGUCAAUUAGGUAUGCCAAUAUGUAUUUGUAUAUUGUGUGGUAUAUAUGAAGAUAGGUAAUGAUUAAAACAUAUACAUUUUUGUAAGUAAAAUAUAUAUAAAUAUCAUUAUGAUGUCUUGAAUUAUUAUUUUAUAUACAUGUAAAGCAUAUCAUUUUACGUUAUACUCCUACCUAUUAUUAUAUACAUGUAACUUAAUUGUUAUAUAGAUGCAUGUUAAUUAUAAAAUGUUAAAUUGUUUAUUAUUUAUUGUUUUGCCAUGGAGCAACUAUGUAAUGAUAAAGGAGUAAGUUUUUGUAUAAUGAACUUCAUGUCGAUUUUUAGCCAUUAUGUGCUUAAUUAUCUUCCAUUUCUUUGUCAAAAUAUUUGUUUUCAAAGAGAAUUUUUAAAAGCUUUAACUUGUUUCUUAAGAGAAAUAAAUUAAGAAAGAAUGUAAAAUAGAA